UGUUUCUUGACCACCUUCCCAGUCGUCACGGCUGCCAGUCAACCACUAUGCAUGUGCUGCCGGUGCUGCUUUCGCUGCUGUGUCUAACCGCAUGUGGCGAUGGAGGAAAGGUCCUGGUUUGGCCCGGCGAGUUCAGCCACUGGCUCAACAUGAAAACCAUCCUGGAUGGCCUUGUGGACAGAGGUCACACAGUCACCAUCAUCACUCACACCGCCACGCCAUCCGUCGCAACCAAUUCCUCCAAGUUCAACUUUGAGAUUUUGCCGGUUCCGUUCACUCAAGAGGACCUCAACAAACAUUUCGAUGAGGUGCUGAGAUACUGGAUGUAUGACAUGGCUGAGGACAGCUUCCUGGGGGCAGCGAUGAAGAUCAAGGAGAUAGUUGACACAGGCGCAGAGCAAAACAAAGUAGUGUGCAGGGCCUUGUUCUCGAAUAAGGGCCUGAUGGAGAAGUUGAAGCAGGAGCACUAUGAGGUUAUGCUCAUUGACCCCAUGUGGAUGUGCGGUGACCUACUGGCUCAGACACUGGAUGUGCCCUUCAUACUAACACUACGCUUCACCUUUGGCAAUGCCAUGGAGAGACAGUGUGGGCAGCUACCCACUCCCCCCUCUUAUGUGCCAGGGAUUGGUUUUGAGUAUACAGACCAGAUGGAUUUUGCACAAAGGCUGAAAAAUUUUCUGUUCUAUCUAUCUCAAGAUAUUUUGCUCCAUGUUAUGGUGAAGAUUAAGUGGGACCCAUUUUAUACUGAACUGGCAGGUAAACCAACAGAAUUAUGUGAUGUCCUUAGUAAAGCUGACAUUUGGUUGAUCCGAACCUAUUGGGAUUUCGAGUACCCCAGACCUCUUCUCCCCAAUUUCAAAUUCGUUGGAGGCCUUCACUGCAAACCUGCAAAGCCUCUUCCUGAGGACAUGGAGGAAUUUGUACAAAGUUCUGGGGAUGACGGUAUUGUGGUGUUCUCACUGGGAUCCAUGAUUAAGAACCUCACCAUGGAGAGAGCAAAUACAAUAGCUUCUGCACUUGGACAAAUACCUCAAAAGGUGGUAUGGAGGUACAGUGGUGUCAAACCAGAGACACUGGCCCCCAAUACAAGACUUUAUGACUGGCUUCCCCAAAAUGACCUUCUAGGCCAUCCCAAGACCAAAGCCUUCAUCACCCAUGGCGGCACAAACGGGCUCUAUGAGGCCAUCUACCACGGAGUGCCCAUGGUGGGCAUCCCUCUGUUCGCCGACCAGCCUGAUAAUCUGAGCCACAUGAAGACCAAAGGGGCAGCUGUCAGUCUGGAUUUCAACAAGAUGGAGAGUAAAGAUCUGGUGGAGGCCCUCAACACAGUGAUUAACGACCCAUCAUACAAGGAGAGCAUCAUGAGGCUCUCCAGGAUUCACCACGACCAGCCCAUGAAACCGCUGGACGAGGCCGUGUUCUGGAUUGAGUUUGUCAUGCGCAAUAAAGGAGCUAAGCAUCUGCGCGUACAGGCCCACAACCUCAGCUGGUACCAGUACCACUGUCUGGAUGUCUUUACAUUUCUGCUUGCCAUAGUGGGACUGGUCAUUUUUAUUGUGGUAAAAUCGUGUUGCUUUUGCUUCCGGAAGUGCUUUGGGAAAAGCCUCUCCAAAAAGAAAACGCAGUGAGGUUUUAAAAUGCAAAAUUUGCUAAUUUGUUGCUAAAAUGUUGAUUUUUUUUUAUCGCAGAAAAAUAUGCACUGUAUGUAAAUACCUCUGUGUUGGAUUGUAUCCAACAGUCUUUAAUACAAAUUAUACAGAUAAAGGGGGUGGAAGAAACUGUAUUUGUAUGUGAUCAAUUCUUAAUUUUAAGAUUAUGGACAUUUUUAGUUCAUAUACUUGUAUGAAAAUAGAUGUUUGUAGUGCUCUUCAUGGAAGCUUCUACAAGCCUGUUGAUGAAUGUGUUGAAUAAGACAUUGACCGAUAGCCAGUUGCCAGUGAAUGAUAGCUGAAUUACAUUUGUACACACAAUCAGGUCUCUAUUGCCCGUAGCUUGAUUGUUCUCUCCCUUGUACGUCGCUUUGGAUAAAAGCUUCUGCUAAAUGACUAAAUGUAAAUGUAAAUCAUGUGAUACAAAUAUGAUGUGCCUUUGAAAAAAUAGAAUAUACUUGAAAAUAAACUUGUGUGUGUA